AUGCAUAGCAUGGGUGGAAGCACGCACUCAGAGCCAACAUUCCACAUCAGAAGGUUGCGCAGUGGGGAGGUAGCCUCAGAGACACCAAUAGAAUUCACCUGUGCUCUCCUUAUAACUAAAGCAAGUAAUUCAGUGCCCACCACAGAGGAUGUUGUUGGCUCAGAGGAGACUGCAGUUGCCUGGGGUAGUGCAAACGAUUCUCUUAUUUACAUUUACUCAUCACAUUCAAGACUCUCCAGAUCAAUAUUGAAGUACCAGAGACCCAAGAAACAUAAUGUUGAUUUCUACUUUCUCACCCCAACCAUCUUAAAUUUUGAGGUAAUCAGCCUACAACCUGGAGAGGCCUGGUACCCUCAGCUUCUCCUUGGCCAGCUCCUGGAAGAAGUGGCCUGUGUCCCCAAGAGCCACAUCAUCACAGCAGAAAUAGGAGGCAAAGAGGUUUGCUAUAAGCAACGGUUGAAGCUGUGGGCCACUGAGAAAGUAUGGAAAAUGGGCCGACACUGGAGGUCUGUGAAGUAUAGUUGUGAUCUUCGGCUUAAACCUUUGACAUUAGAAGGUAUUACUUUCUUAUUCCUUCGGUAUAAUUUGGACCAUCUGAACUAUGGCAGCACCACCUGGAGUGAUGAUGGAGGCUUCUGGGCGAAGUGUGUUAAGAGCUUGAUGGGAAAAAGAAGAGUCACUGUGAAUGAAACAAAGCAGGUGUUACCUGUUAACCUUAAAGCAUGA